CAACACAAAGCCGCCAGUCAUACGAAUCUACGAGCCAAAUAAAGAACACUAGCAACAAUGAGCGAGCAACCAAGGCGCCGAGCAAGGACCAAGCGAGUCAUGUCCAGGCCACGGCUGCAACCUAGUCCUCGAACACAGCGUCCUCCUCCGAAUGACUCUACAUCCGAUGGCGCAGCAGAUCCCCAAUCGAAUUCACAGUCAACUAGCGGAGUAUCCCGAACCAGUAGCAACCUCAGUCGACAAAAGAAACUACAUUUCAGCAGGAAAUACUGGAAUUCGCUCCCAGUAAUCCGUCUCACACACCGCGCUCUUGUGGAAUUUCACUCUCGUCAAUCAGAACUUCACCCUAAGAACCCGAAUCCACCUGAUAAAUCCAAUGAAUCCGAUGAACCCAAUGAACCCAAUGAAUCCAAGAAACUCAAGAAGCCCAAGAAAGAAAGCCCUACACCGGAGGAGACUCUUCGCAAAACCGUCAAGUGCAAAACCAUCGAGGAGUUCGCAAGGAGAGGCGGACCUGACUUGACUGAACUCAUCGACGUAUGUCUUCUCCUACUGCGCAAUUCUCGAAAGCUAACCUUCCGACAGUUUCCUCAGGGUACCAGUUGGCAAAAAUAUGAUCCCCCCGAGCCCAAAACCGCCUCACUUUAUGACCUUAACGUGCAGGACCACUUGAACCGUAAUGGAGUCGAGCAAAGCGUAAACCGGCCUCACAAUUCCGGGAAUCUGCAGCAUAUAAUGAAUAGGGAACGGAAGGACAUGGAAAACAUCACCGAUCGGGCUCGAAAGAAAUUCAUUAAGGCGUGCAAGCGGUAUAAACGCGAUCAUGAACGUCUAGAGAUUAUUUACCAGAUUCUAUUCGGUAUUCCUGAUAUCGAUUUAAUGGAAGUACAGACCGCCAAACAGAGAGAACUCACUAACCUUGCUCCCUUGGUACCGAACAUGACAGCGGCCAAGCCUGAUGUUGUCGAUGGCGCUCGUUCCGACGACCUGGACCAAAACAUCAUUAAUAAUCUCGAGAAGUUCAUCGUCCCAUUUGGAAUCAGCAGCAAUACCAACAGCAAUAACGCAGAGGAGGACAUGCUAGUCGUGCCGAACUUCUUUCUCUGUAACAUGCUCACAGACGAUGAUCAAUCUGCGGGAAGUCGUGCGGCCUUGCAUUGUGGUUCUCUGGGGGCACGGGCAAUGCACAAGAUACAGUGUUAUGGAAAGAAUAAAACUUAUGACCAGAUGGCAUACUCAUAUGUUGCGGUGGUUCUAAGAACUCGCAUGACGCUUUAUGCAGUUCAUCCGAUUCAGUCGCAGGUUCCCGGUCGAGAGACAGACUACCAGAUGACACGGAUAUACGAUUUCGAGUUUAAACCUACCCUGCGCGCCUUCCAAGAGGGUAUUAGGGCGUUUAGAAAUCUUAGAGAGCAUGCAACUUUGUGGCGGAAAUGGAUCAGACCGGAGACAGGAAACGACGACGACAAAAGCGGUGGAAGUGGUGGCAACCGUAACGGCAAUCAAAAUACUAAGAGAGAUGCGACUGGGAAUGACAAGAGUGACAGCAGAGGGGGCGAUGAAGGAGGCGGCGAGAGCAGUGGUGAUAAUAGCAGAGGACAAGAGACAUCGUCCUCAGACAAAAGAAGGGGGGGAUCGGAUUCGCAUGAGGCCGAAAGUCCUCCGACGAAACGGCGUAAGACAAAACUAUGGUUUAACCGUUAAUUUGUUGUCUUCUGUACAUGAAUAUC